UUUUAUCGUAGUUUACAACCGCCAUUAUCAACCAGCGAAAAUAGGAGGAAGUUAAUCAUCGAAACGUUCACGAGGCAUGUGCCUGUGUCCGCUACCGUUAAUGUUACUGCCUGUACACCCUUUCCAUUAGAAUGUCGUCAAGAAACCCAGGAAUUGCACUAGAUCUGCAGUGGAUGGACAAAGUGAGAGUGAAUACACAAGCUGUCCUGAGGAGGGCACAGCACAUUCAAGGGCAAAAUAUUCCCAAGAAACAGUGGCAGACUGCAUGGCUCUUGAAAGCUGUAACAUGUAUCGAUCUGACAACUCUGGCUGGAGAUGACACACCGUCGAAUGUCCAUCGUCUCUGCAUGAAAGCCAUCCAGCCUGUCCAAUAUGAUCUGCUCAAGAAAAUGGAUAUGCAUGAUAAAGGAAUAACCACAGCCGCAGUGUGUGUGUAUCCAUCCCGUGUGGGUGAUGCUGUGAAGUCACUAAAAGCAGCCAACUCCAGCCUUCCUGUUGCUUCAGUGGCCACUGGUUUCCCAGCAGGUCAAACACCCCUGGAAACGCGCCUGCAGGAAGUUCGAAAGGCGGUGGCUGACGGUGCAACUGAGAUUGACAUUGUUAUCAACAGAAUGCUUGCCCUCACUGGACAGUGGGAAGUAUUGUAUGACGAGAUCUCUCAGUUUCGAGAGGCCUGUGGUGAUGCUCAUAUGAAGACUAUUUUGGCUAUUGGAGAACUGGGAACAUUCACCAACGUCUACAAAGCCAGCAUGGUUGCCAUGAUGGCAGGUUCUGACUUUAUCAAGACAUCUACAGGAAAGGAGGCUGUCAAUGCUACUUACCCUGUUGCCAUAGUGAUGACUAGGGCCAUCCGCGACUACUUCCUUUGUACUGGUCACAAGUUGCUCAUAUUAUUAAGAAGUUUGAGGUCCAUGGGACUAUAGCCAACCCCCCUGGAUGUGGCGGCAAGAGAAAAAUUGAUGACAAAUGGAAGAGGCAGAAAAUGGAGCCCAGAACUACUUCCGAAGAGAUUAGAUGUGAACUUCAAGGUACAUCAAUCCAUUACAGUGUUUUGCAAAAUAAAAGUGAUACUUCUACAAUUUUGGAUAAAGUAUGUAUUUCCAUUGAAAGGUGUUUUACGAAUGGGCUGUAACUGUAAAUGGAUAUUGAUAGCCGCAAAAUUUCAGAGAGAAUGUACUUUGCACAGAUGAGACAAAACUGGAGCUUUUUUACGCAUCAGCCCUAUGUUCACAGAUGCAAAAAUGAAGCAUGCAAAGAAAAGAACAUCGUACUUACUGGGAAACAUGGAGGAGACUGUGUUGUGUUCUUGGGCUCUUUGCUGUGUCUGUGCAAGGUGCAAUGAAAUGUCAAGAUUAUCAAGGCAAUCUGGAGCAAAAUGUGCUGCCCAGUGUUAGAAAGCUUGGUCUCAGUCAUAGGCCAUGGUUCCUUCAACAGUAUAAUGACUCAAAAUAAACAGCUAACAACCCCCAAGAAUGGCUAAGAACAAAACAUUGGACAAAAUAUUAACUUAGGGGUACCAUCAUUUAUGUCCAGGCCAGUUUCAUUAGUUUGGGUUUUUAAAUGAUUCUGUUGAACGACAAUCCAAAAUGAAUGUUAGUUAAAUUCAUUAGUUAAAUUUCAGGACAUUUUUAUUCAUUAUUACAUUUUUCAGUUUCAGUUUAUUGAAGUGACCCUCUUGGGUUUAUCUUUCUUUAAUGGAAAGGCCUCACUUCUUUAUGAGGCUGUUUGAGGGACUCAAGACUUGGUUUCAGAGUAAAGGGUAAAAUUGGGUUAUGGUUAGGAUUAGGGUAAGAGUUAGGAUAAGGCACUUAGUUGAGAUGAUUAGAGUUAGGGUUAGACGCUAGGGAAUACAUUAUGUCACUGAAAGUCCUCAAAAAGAUAGUCAUACAAAUGUGUUCCCAUGCCAUUGUUAAAGACACAACACUUGAUUGAUUUGUGUAUCCAACACUUUUUGAGCGAUACAGUUUGUAUUUACACACAACUUCAUGAUAUGUUUUCCUUCAUAUCUGUGACUACUGCAUUCUAGUGUCAAAUAUUUACUAUGUAUAUACAAUGACACGUGGUUUCCAAUGAAAACUAUUUUUAU